AAGCAGUGUGAUUCACUCAACAUCGAUUGGCCCAACAAAACACGUUUCCAUCACCCGCAUGUCACUCUCCAUCUUCUUCCUUACAUCACAGCUUUCAUGGCGCUCUUGUUCUUCAUCAUGAAUCUCUCUCUCCGAAAAUCAUUAUCCUCUUCUGCUCGCGCAUAACUUCCUCGAAACGCUGCGUUUCUCUAUACACGCGCUAAUUGCAGCUCGUGACCAAUUUUGCCCCCUCACAUCUCCUCCUCCGAAACCAUGUCGAAUUGGAUCUCCUCCAAACUUAAAGCCGCAGAGAGCAUUCUCCACCAGAUCGAUCAGCAAGCGGCUGAAUCGCUUCGCAAGAACGAGGGUUUUCGGUCGGAGGAACCGAGCAUUGAUGCUCCCGCCAAAUCAGGGAGCGGUGUGUCUCUGAAAGAUCAAUUGAAGAAGAAGCCACUGGAGAGCAAUGAGUAUCGUGGAAAAUUGCGCAGUGAUCUUAAUUUUAAUGGGCUUAAAGCUACAGCAAGUGCACCCAAACUAUCUCCCAAAUCUGGCCCUACCCUAACAGAUGAUGAUUGGACUGAACUCCUAAGUGCACCUACACCUACUCAGUCUGUAGCUUCUGCUUCUGGGGGCAACCACGGUAAUGGGUUACCUGCACCACGUGGUUUGAGCAGAAAUAGUAGUAGGAAGCAGAAGGGUUUGUCUUCAGGGUUGUUGGCGAUGGAUGUAAAAAGGAAUCCAAGAAAUGGUAACAGUGGUCCUAGGCCCUUGCAGAAGUCGGACUCUGUCAAAGAAGUUAAAUUGAGUGGAAAAGCCUGUGAUGAUGGGAAGGAAUCUACCUCUUUGACGUCGACGGGGAGGAAUUCGGUGGUUGAAUCAAAGAUUGAUGGUAAAUGGGGUAAAGGGCUGGAGUAUGCUGACAAGGACAGUUCUGCGAAGCUUGUGGUUGAGGAAAAGGGAAAUGAAGAAAACCAGCACCGUUUUAAUUAUAGGGACAUUUCUCCACCAGAAUUGUUGCAGGAAGAUGGAAAAACUUUGGCUGCAGAAACAUUACCAGCAUGGGGGGUGGAUGAGGACCAAGAAGCUAAGAUUGUGGAAGAUGUUGACGGCAAUCAAUUGAGAAGUGUGGUACUAGGGAGGCAUGAGCUUAAUUCAAUAUCUGAUGAUUUGAAAAGGGGUUCUCCUGUGGCUAGUGAUGGAAGUUCUGAUUCAGAUACAGAUUCUGGUUCGACAUCUGAUUCUGAAAGUGAACAUGAGAGGGAGGAAAGGAGAAAGAGGAGGGAAAGGAUUCUGGCUGAGAAAGCAGCAGCUAAAGCAAUAAAUGCUAUCAAGGAACGGGAGAAUAUAGUGGCCAAAUUAGAGGGGGAGAAGGAAAGUCUAGAGAAAAUACUUGAGGAGCGAGCUAAACAACAAGCACAAGAGGCUUCACAGCUUCAGAGCACUACGAUGGAAACAAUGGAAGCUGUUGAGUUAGAAAAGCAGAAACAUAAUAAUACUAGAAUGGAAGUUCUUGCACGUUUAGCUAAACUGGAGACUGCCAAUGCUGAUCUUGCAAGAUCCCUUGCAGCUGUGCAGUGGAACCUUGAAGUUGAGGUUAAACAGGUGGCAGAACUCAGACAGCAAAUCACUUCGAAGGAGUUGUUUCACGAAGAACUCAGAAGGAGAAUGACGAAUCCUCGUCAAACUGGAGCUUCACAAAAUCAACUAGCUUCAAAAGGUGUUGAGUUGGAACGGGAAAUUCUCGAAGCAGAGCACUCUUUAAUUAAUGAUAAAGUUGCACAAUUGCAGGAAAAGGCAAGGAAGCUAGAAGCUGACAUUGAAAUGACAAGGAAGGAGAUAGAAGAGCCCACAGAAGUUGAAGUUGAGCUCAAGCGAAGGCUUCAACAAAUGACUGACCAUUUAAUACAGAAACAAGCAAAGGUUGAGUCACUCUCUUCUGAGAAGGCAAGUCUUGUAUUCAGAAUUGAGCAGGCUGUCUCAAGAUUGCUGGAUGAGAACAUGUCAGCAUCAGGUGCAGCAAAUAUGAAUCCUGCCUCUUCAUCAAGUGACUUAGAAUCAGGAUUAUGGGAGCUCUCCAAUUCAAAGUUGAAGCCUAUGCUAAAAGCCAGAAUUCAUUCUGGCAAGAGACAGCUUGGAUCAUUGCUUCAACAACUAGAUUAUAUUUUUGUGACUGGAGCACUUUUUCUGAAAAGGAACUCAACGGCAAAAUUGUGGGCUUUGAUAUAUCUUGUUUGCCUUCAUUUCUGGGUGUUCUAUAUUCUUUUAUCACAUUCUAGCCCAUCAAAUGAGGGUAGAUCUGGUGCCCAGAUCUCAUUGGAGAACAUCAAUAACACUGGAGGAGUAUGAUUGUGCUGCGAUGUGUCUUCACCUUAUGUCAUUCUCUGCAGUUUUUGGAGGCCCUCAAUACAUUGGAUAUAUUUUGUUAAACCAGAGUAUAUCAUAUGAAGCACCUGCAGUGGACAUGCAGGAAUUCGAGUACCAGACUAUGACCAGAAAAAUACUGAACUGCAUGGCUUCCUAUACCGAUGAAUUUUACAUUUCUUAGACGUUGUGAAACUUCAUUGGAUAAGGGGGGGACUGCACUAGAGAGGAGCAAUGUCCUGCUAUUUUGUAUUUGACAAAAUGGCUUAUUUGGGAUUGAGUUUUGAAUGCUCUGAUCUAAUGAUAAGAAGUUUUCGUAGCCUCACAGGGAUUGCAAGUUUAAGUAGCAAUAAGUAUUUUGUAUGUACAGUAUAGCAACAGAUGUAAUCACAGAAUAAGCCUUUAAUCAGUGAGUGACUUGGAAGAGGCUUGGAUGUGAACUCUGUUGUGACCUUAGCAUUAAUAACUCCAAAGAUGCCCCAUGCAGUUUCGAAAUUAUUGUCUCUUGAAUAUUGUAGAGAAAGAAAAAGAAUUUUUUUUUUUUUUUUGUGUAGACAACUGUUAAUAAAUAUUUAUUACCUCAUACUAGAUGACAUAGCUCAUAACAUCUAGGUCUA